AUGGGUGGUUCGGCUUUUAGCUCGGGCAGUCAUCCUCUCAGCACCCCUCGCAUGCCAAAGCCUGUGUACGAGAAGGUCAAGGCUAGUUGCCACGAGAGGCUGAAGGAACUCUACGACUGCGUUGCGACACCUGUUCACGGCCCAGCCAAGGACGAUUUCGGUGAUGUCGAUAUUAUGCUGGCUCGACCAAAACAUGACGACCAGACGCUCCUCCGAAGCUUGGAAGUGAUCGGCAACGCUCUUGGCGCCGUGCAAAGCUUGCUCAGCGAAACGAGCUUUUCAAACUACGCACUACCUUGGCCGGCAUCGAUCUCGGAUCCUGCCGACGGUGCCACCACCGAGGAAAGGCAUGUCCAGGUCGAUGUCCGCAUUUUCGGCACCCUUGACGAGAUGAACUGGAUGCUCUUCAAACACGCCCAUGGUGAUGUAUGGAACAUCUUGGGCUCCACCAUCAGACCCUACGGUCUGACGAUAGACGAAACCGCCCUCUGGCUGCGUGUGCCCGAGAUUGAAAAGAAAAACAGGAAGCUGGCCAAGGUAUUCCUCACUUCGGAACCGGACGAUGUCAUCGAGUUCCUCGGACUUCCCACCGGCGAGUGCUGGAAUCAGCCAUUCGAUAGUCUCGAGGCAAUGUACGAGUAUGUCUCUUGCUGUCGCAUGAUGUGGGUGCCGCCUCCCUCUCUAAACGGAGACGUUGGCAGGGGCGGUGGAGCUGAGGCGGGCGCCGAAGAUCGAAAGAUACGAACAUCCAACGACCGCAGACGCAUGAAGGGGAGGCCAGCAUUCCGGAAAUGGUUUGACGAUUUCCACGUGCAGUGUCGAAAAGAGGGACGGUUCGCAGAGCAGAAGACAACGAGAGAGGCCAUCACGAAGGAGGCGCUGACGAGGUUCAACGCCGAGGCCGAAUUCAAUCAUCGCCGCGAUGCUUUUGUACAGCAAACUGUUCCAGUAUCUAAUCACAUCAUGGUUCUUGAGGAGGCACCCGCCCUGGGUUAG